AUGGCAAGAGGCAAUGGUAGCACAGUGACAGAAUUUGUCCUCAUGGGAUUCACAGACCGUCCUGAGCUUCAGCUCCCCCUGUUUUUGGUGUUCCUGGUCAUCUAUCUCCUCACCUUGGUGGGAAACACUGGCAUGAUCCUGCUCAUCAAGGCAGACUCACGGCUCCACACCCCCAUGUACUAUUUUCUCAGUCACCUGGCAUUCAUUGAUCUUUGUUACUCAUCUUCCAUUGGGCCCAAGAUGCUGCAAAAUCUGUUGGUGAAGAGAAAAACCAUCUCCUUUUCAGGCUGUUUUGCUCAGCUGUACUUCUCCAGUGCUUUUGCCACUACGGAGUGCUUCCUCUUGGCCGCAAUGGCCUAUGACCGUUACAUGGCCAUCUGCAACCCCCUGAUUUACACAGCUAUCAUGACCCAGCGGGUAUGCAAGGAGUUGGUGGUAGGAGUCUAUACCUAUGGCUUCCUGAACUCUGUGAUACAAACAAUACUGACUUUCCAGUUGUCUUUCUGUGACUCCAAUGUAAUUCACCACUUCUAUUGUGCUGACCCUCCUCUCCUGGCCCUCUCCUGCUCUGACACCCACAGCAAAGAAAAGCAGCUCUUGAUCUUCUCUGUGGUGAAUCUCACAGGAUCCCUCCUGACUGUCCUUGUCUCGUAUGUCUGCAUUCUCUUCUGUAUCAUAAAAAUUCAGUCUUCUGAAGGCAAAUGCAAAGCAUUUUCCACCUGUGCCUCCCACCUCACUGUGGUCACCAUCUUCUAUGGAACACUGUUUUUCAUGUACCUGCAGCAACCUAAAGCCUGGAAUUCAUGGAAAUACAACAAAGUGGUCUCUGUGUUUUAUAGUCUUGUAAUCCCAAUGCUCAACCCUCUCAUCUAUAGCCUGAGGAACACAGAAGUGAAGGACACCCUGAAAAAAUUGCUAGAGGGCAAAGAGUCACAGUGA